UCCACUUUCAUUAUUAUUUCCGCAACACCUUCAGAGUGUUACACAGAAAUCAAGUUCCAUCAUUAUCAGUUGAAAAAUGGUGCCAAAAUAUCCACUUUUAACUACAAUAUUUGCUUUUGUCGCGCUAGUAUCAUCUCAUGACCAUCACGCUCAGAUUAAAAAGCACAUGGAGUCCGACGGCAUAGUCCCCCAAAUCCUUGCUGACGCUCCGCCAGCCCACCUCUUCGUCACCUACCCCAACGGUAAGAAGGUCCACCUGGGCGAAGAGCUCACCCCUUCGGAGGUGAAAGACGAACCCCAAGUGAAAUGGGACGCCGCCUCCACCAAAUACUACACCCUGGUCAUGUUCGAUCCUGAUGCACCCUCGAGGAGCGACCCCUCGUUCGCCGAUGUCAAACACUGGCUCGUGGGGAACAUCCAAGGGGGCGAUGUUAGCACUGGUGAUGUUAUUGCCGAGUAUUUCGGGUCAGGGCCGCCAAAGGACACGGGCUUGCACAGAUAUAUCUUCCUGGUGUAUGAGCAAAAGGAGAGACUGACUUUUGACGAGCCGAGGAGUUUGAAGCUGUCGAGGGCUCACAGGUUGAAGUGGUCGCUGAAGGAGUUUGUGAAGAAGUACAACUUGGGGGCGGCUGUCGCCGGGGAUUAUUUCAAGGCCAAGUGGGAGCCUUAUGUCGACGAGAGGAAUAAAAAUGUUACGAAUAAUUAG